AUGAGAGCAACGUAUUUCCAAAGGACAGCUAAAUUGUACCUAACAAGCCCAGAGGAAUCUUCGAUCCGUUUAAUGUUAGUUUGUCAGAAACUUUGCCAUUUGGACAACUUUGGACCUAACAGAAGUGUAAGAAAUGCAAGUUCCAACAAAUCCACCACAUUCAACUGUAAUAAUCCACAGUACUUGGCUAUCUUUUGGAUGGAUUUCUUUGUUUUAGUAACCACUUCGUUGGCCUUCAUCCUCCUCUAUGGGGUUGCAAGACUUACCUAUUCCAUUUGGUUGAAGCCCAAAUUGCAGGAAAGGCUAUUAAAGCAGCAAGGAAUCAGAGGAAGACCAUACAAACUGCUGGUUGGGGACAUGAAAGAGUUUGUGAGGCAGAUAACUGAAGCAUGGUCCAAGCCUAUUAAUCUAACUCACCAGAUUGUUCCACGUGUUGACCCCUUCACACUUGAUAAUGUGCAGAAAUAUGGGAAGGUAUCAUUUUGUUGGGCUGGAACAAGACCACGGCUAAUCAUAAAGGAUACGGAAUUGAUGAAGGAGGUGCUGGCCAACAAGCAAGGUCACUUCCAAAAGCCACCACUAAAUCCUAUUAUUCUCAUUCUAUCAAGAGGACUCACAACUCUUGAGGGCGAGCAGUGGUCUAAACGCAGAAGGAUGAUCAACCCUGCCUUUCACCUUGAGAAACUGAAGGGGAUGAUACCGGUAUUCUCAGUCAGCUGUGGACAGAUGAUAGAGCAGUGGAAGAAAAUGGCUAGUUUGCAAUCUAGUUAUGAGAUUGAUGUCUGGCCUGAACUUCAAAAGCUUACUGCUGAUGCUAUUUCCAGGACAGCAUUUGGAAGCAGCUAUGAAGAAGGGAAGAAAAUCUUCCAUCUUCAAAAAGAGCUAAUAUCAUUGACACUUGAAGCAAUGCAGUCAUUGUACAUUCCAGGUUUCAGAUUUAUUCCUACAAAAAAGAAUCAGAGGAGAAAGAAAUUGGACAAAGAUAUUACAUCAAUGCUAAGAAAUGUAAUCCAAAUGAAAGAGAAUGGAAUGAGGACGGGACAAACGAGGGCUGAUGACUUGCUAGGCAUGCUCUUGCAACAUAAUAAUCAAUGUGCAAAUGGCGCAGAAGGAGGGAUGACAACUGAAGAUGUAAUAGAGGAAUGCAAACAGUUCUACCUUGCUGGCCAAGAAACGACCGCAAGCUGGCUAACAUGGGCAAUAAUAGUCUUAGCUCUGCAUCCAGAGUGGCAAGAAAAGGCAAGAGAGGAGGUCCUACAGGUUUGCGGGAAGGAGCCUGAUUUUGAAGCUAUAAGUCACCUUAAGAUUGUGAGUAUUCCACUGCAUGAGGUCCUGAGGUUAUACCCACCUGUCAUAGCUCUAUAUCAACAUGCUAACAAAGACACCAAGAUUAAAGAAAUCUCUCUUCCAGCUGGAGUUGAUAUAACGCUGCCCAUCCUGCUCAUUAAUCAUGAUCCUGAACUUUGGGGUGAUGAUGCUGAAGAAUUCAAACCAGAGAGAUUUUCUGAAGGAGUUUCAAAGGCAUCCAAAGAUCAACUGGCAUUUUUCCCGUUUGGUUGGGGCACAAGGACCAGCAUUGGGCAAAAUUUUGCCAUGCUUGAAGCUAAGGUAGCUUUGGCUAUGAUUCUACAGCAUUUCUCAUUCAAGCUCUCACCUUCCUACUCGCAUGCCCCAUACACUGUUAUGACUCUUCAACCACAGCAUGGAGCACAAAUAAUCUUACACCAAAUCUAGAAAGCAAGCUGGGUUGCAUCCAGAGUAUGCUAGAUUUUCAUUUCGGAAGCAGAGUGACUUUGGAUGGGAGAAGAAUUAUCGACUGUGUGUUGCAUUUCUGAAAGAGUGAUGUAAUAAAACGAUGCUGGGACAUAUGGUUUGCUCAUUUUUUUAGUCAGUUAUUUCACUUCUCUGGAUAACAGUCCAUUUCAAUUGUACACUCCAAUCACCCCUUGGAAAUAAUUUUUCAUUAAC